AUUUUUAUUGAUAAAUAACUUUUGAGAAAAAGAAAUCUCGUUUAGUUUAAUUUUGCCUCACCAAAAUGACUAUGAUAGCAAUAAGUCAUCUUGAUAAAAAACAUCUUAAUGUUGUACUCUGUAUUGGUGGAGUGAUGAUAUGCACAAAAUUUUGUUAUAACAUAAUAAUAAAAUUAAGCAUGUCAGGAAAGUCAAAAAAUCACGUUGUUAAAUUUUUUCAUAAUUUUUUUAAACCAUUUUUUAAUUGUGGUUUUCUUAUGAGAAGAGAAUUUUUUGUAAAACUUCCAUCAUAUCCUAUUCGUUUGACAAAAAAGUCCUAUGUUAUUGUUAAUUAUGGUUCAUAUGGUACAGUUCCAAUCAAAGUUCAACAGUAUCAGUUUAAUGUUCAGAAAGAGCUUGAAUAUUGUCCAGAUUUAUUUAAUCGUUUAACAUUGCAUAAACGUUACGAGCAAAGUCGGGUAACUGUUGCAAGUGCAGUAGGCUGUGAACCUGAUAAUCUUGUAUUUGUUGAAAAUCUUACUGAAGCAAUAACAUGCUCGCUUCGUUCUCUAUUAAAUUGUUUAAAAAAAAAUGAUGCUGUUCUAUGUUUACGCAGUGUUGCAUAUGGUGCGGUUGUUAAAGCUAUUGAUGUACUUGCUAAUGAGUAUCAUAUUGAGGUUGUUGAUCUUGACUUGCAGUUUCCUAUUUUUUCAAAAAAUGAUGUACUCAUUAAAUUUGAAGAAAUAUUUAUAAAUUACCCUUGCGUGAAGUUAGCAGUGUUUGAUCAUAUAACAAGUGCGUCCUCUGUUGUUUUGCCAAUAAAAGAGCUGGGUGAAAUAUGCAGAAAAUAUAAUGUUAUAUCUGUUGUCGAUGGCGCACAUGCACCUGGGCAACUUUAUUUGAACAUAGAUUCCUACAAUGUUGAUGUUUACUUAGGCAAUUUACAUAAAUGGUAUUACACCCCAAAAAGUUGUGCUAUUAUGUGUGUAAAUAAAAAGUGGCAUGAUAAAAUGCAACCAUCAUGGGUCUCACAUGCAACAUACGGAGGUUUUCAAGACAGAUUUUUCAUGCAAGGUACAAAAAAUUAUAGCGCAAUGGUUUCAGCUGGCUAUGCUGUAAAUGAGUUUACUGAAUGUAUUGGGGGACUGGAUCAUCUUCAUUCCUACAUACCACCUCUUAUAGAAUGGGUUGUCAAAUUAUACAUUUCUAAAUGGGAAACUGAAGAAGUUCAAAUACCUGCAGAUAUGAAAGCUCCUUAUAUGAGAACUGUUUAUUUACCAGAUAUUUUUACUGAGGUUUAUGGAAAUGCACCUAAUGCGCCAGCAAACUUAAUGAAGGAGUUUUUGGAGGAAGAAAAUGUGGCAGUUGUUAUUUUAACUGUCCAAAAUCGAAUGGCAACAAGGGUUUCUGCACAAAUUUUCAGCACAAAGAGGGAGUUUAUAAUUGUUGCAAACCUAAUUAAAAAAAAAGCUGAUGAGCUAAGAGUGCUAUGUUUAUAGCUAAAGAGAUUAAAAAAUUUUUCAAAAAAGCUGAUGAGCUAAAAAGAUAAAACAAAAUUUAUAACUUAUUGUUUGAAAAAGUAUUUAGUUUUUUUAAAAAUUAUUUAAUUAUUUUUUAAAAUUUUUAAUUAUUCAGAAAAAUCUGUUUGCUAAAAUGAAAGAAUGUCUAAAUUUUCACAUA